CUACAAUACUUGUAGCUGCAGCUGUUGCACAGUGCACUAGAGAUGUCUUGUUGUGUGGGAGCCCUCAGUGUGACUGCUGCGACUGUGUCGUACUUUGUCGCACUCUGUAUGUUCUUUAAACCCGAUGCUAAGAUUAAAGCGCUGAGGGUUGCAAGUUUUGCUAUGUUGAUUUUAUUUCUGGCUAGUGUAGCAUGUGUGGUCAUCAGAUGGUUUCAAGUUCUGACUAACAAAGGGAAGUUGGGAGAAAAUAACUACUAUCACAAAAAGCGGAAGCAGUUUCGAAUAGCACAGAUAGUUCUAGGAGCAAUGUGUACACUAUUUGUGUUAGUAUCUGCUGCAGGGAUAUUCCUGUUCGCUUCAGCAGUAACAAAUCUGACUGGCGGGUUGAAAGACAGGUCCAACAGCAUGUUCAGUACUGCAGAUAACAGCUCUAGUAACGCUACAAUAACUAACUCAACUGAUACUCAAUCAGGUGGGUUCAGGGAGAAGAACGUGCAAAGAAGUCUCCAAAGACCAAAUGCUGAGGACACAAGCGGGCUACAAACGAGGAACAAACGACUGGAGAAUAGCAGAGAGAGGAAUCUCUCGGAAUGUAGAAGAGCGGGGAAUUGUAGAGACGGAGAAGAAAGCACAGAAUCGUCUCUAACAACUGAACCGAUCCCUGACGAUAAAGAUCACUGCAGGAACCGCACAGCUUACCCCAGACGGAAAGACAGGAACAACUGUCUCGGUAGAGAGGGUCUCAAGCAGAAAGUGACGGGAUUUGUGAAGGACAAGUACAUAAUGUCAGGGUUCCUAGGGGUUAGCUUUAUUGGGCACCUGAUAAACGUGUGUGUAGCUUUGUGUUGCCAUGGAGACCCAGCAGAUCCUGAAGAAGAAGGAUACGAGGAGCAGGAACAAAGUGAAAAGGAAGAGAAGGAGGAGAAGGAAGAGACGGUCUGAUUACUGAAUAUUUAGAGAGACGAACUAAGAAAGACGCUCAAAUGUUGGUUGUAGGUUGAGGCUGAGGUAUCUAUACUAUAUACUUGGUAUAUUUAACCAUCUAUAGAUGGUACUUGUACUUGAUUAUUGGGAGUUGUACAGCAAUUUACUAAAGCUGACUACAUGUUAAAUAUAUAAUGUAUAUUAUUAAAACUAAUAAUCUCUUAAACCGGUGAAUUUAAAAACAUUGACAGUAAUUAAAAAGGUACUAAAUUAUUUGAUAUCUGACUUUCAUAUUUCGUUAUUUAAUAUAAAUAUAUACUGCUCUGUGUGCCCUCUGCUGCUCUACUGUCUGCACCUGUCAUGUGUAACAACAGUUUGUGUCGCCUAGCUUGCACACUGUGUUACUUGUAACAAUAAGACAAUAGUGUUCAUGGCAAAUUCCGCACAUUUAGUGCACCAGGUGCAAGAUUUAGCAGAGUUAUAUCACGCACAGGAUCAUGACACUGAAUAUGGAGGAUCGAUCUAGCGACCUACAAAGUCUAAAGAGGAACUGCGAACCCUGAUGCGGGACAGGGAUAUAUGGAGGGGGUUAUCUGGCGUAGAUCGGACUUAGUUCCGACAUAGUAGUAGUAGUAGUAUAUCACGCCGACACUUGAUAAACUUAUAUAUAUAACUUGAUUCUAUUACUCAACUUUUAAUACUGAUGACUGUACAUAAUAACUUUCUUGAUUAUUUUAAACUCUAAAUUCUAAUAUAUAUAAAUACUUUUUUAUUAACCGUAUUUUACUUACUAAAUUAUUUCCUAUAUUCUGAAUUCUAAAUACAAUCACUUUUUAAUCACUGUAAAUAUUAUAUGACUUCCUAAAUUGUUUUACAAAUUUACUACUUAUAAUAUUAUUUCUAAAAUAUCUUGACAGAUUUUGGAGUACCUUAAAUUAUUUCAUUAUCUUAAUUUGUGAGUUGUAUAUAAACUGGUGCUAAACUCCCUCUGUGACAAUCGCCUUUACUCUGGUUAUACGUGUAGUUAUACGUGUAGUUAUACGUGUAGUUAUACGUGUAGUUAUACGUGUAGUUAUACGUGUAGUUAUACGUG